AUGCCUCAAAUUCAUAAUUACGUCAUGGUUGAUAGCAAUAAUGGAAAGGGAAUUGAGGGUGUCAGACAAGAAAUAAUUCAGUGCAUUAAUGCAAUUUUCCAGCGAAAAGACUGCGAUCUGAAUAUAAAUGGAGUAGCUAAACAUCUAUACUGGUCAAGGUUUCGUGACGAAUAUAGCAAGUUUAAAUAUCAAGCCAAAAAAAAUCACAAUAAUAACAAGCAUAUCUACUUUUUAAAUGAUCUCAUAUCUGAUUUACGCGAGGAUGUACAUAAGAGAAUGGAUAAAUUUCUAUUUGCCUGUGAGAUGCUUCAUAAUUCAGGAGAGCUCUUUAUGACAAAAUAUAACGACCAAUGGUAUUUUAUACCGGAUUUAACAUGGUUAUAUGAGAGACUAACUGAAAUAGGGCAAGGAAUAGUGCCCAAUGUUGCUAUUCCCGAAGGAGAUCAAAUCAUUAUUAAUCUAGCAAAAAAUGCUGGAAUAUCAGCUGUAAUGUCAAACGUUAUCAAUUUAACUCGCUCAUUAACUGAUCUGACAUGUUUACCAAACAGUCCUGCCAAACCGUUGACAUUGUUGUGGGAAGAUUAUCACCCUAAUGAAUAUUUUUAUGAACAAACUUAUGAAAUAAUCAGUUACAGUCCUGCAUCGUUGUCGGUUUUAAAGCAAAUUCAAUCUAAUCUCAUUCGGCUAACACAAAACGUUCACCAUUUAUGGAAUGAUGGAUUGUUAUUCAGUUUGGGCUACGUAGAAUGUCUACUAUUACUCAUUGAAUCUGAAUCAACUCCAACAGAUGACGGCUUAGUCAGCUUAAAAAUUUCAGCGAGAUGUAAUGCAAUACCUGAUGCGGAUGCAGCAGAGGAAAUACAAAGUGGACUACGUCAGACGUUUAUUAUGUGUUGCUACAUCAUUGAAGCAGCUUUUGAGCCUUUGCCAGGUAUCGCAACUAAGACAACGUUAAAAUCUAAUGUAGCCAAAGAAAAUGACAUUGAGGGACAAUUAAAUCGGCCUAAAUUUGAUGAAGUUGAUAUUCCUGCAAUAUGUGGUCACGAACUGGAAAAAUCAGCUUCAGAGAUAGUCUGCGUGCAAUGUCAACCAUAUUCAUCCGAAAAUAACCAGCAAAAUAUUAACAAAUAUCAAAAAGAGAAGAUAUCAUCUUGUACUAAUUGCGGUCGAUGCAAUUAUUGUAUACAGUUUAUGUCGGAUGUACGUAAAGAAAGUGCUACUCCUGCAUUUGUUAAUGACUGGUCCAGAGCUUUUAAUUUUCAACAAAUUGGAAAUAUCUUAAAACAUCCGUCUGAUAAGGAGAUUAUUGAUGAAAGACAGGUUGUUGUAUCUGAUCUCAAUUAUAGUAUUGCCGUUAACAAAUAUCCCUUGAAUUUUGUAACUGGCCGGAUUUUUCAGUUUACUAUCUUGGAUAUCGCCAAUGUUGAUUUUAUCUUAGGAUUAGUUACAUCAUCCUAUGAUAAAACAUCCCGCCCUGGUUUAACAGAUUCAUCUUAUAGCAUCGUGUUUACAGAAUCCGCUUUCUAUGCUAAUAACCAAAAUAUGGGAAGUUUGGCUUUUGAUAUUGAUCAUCUUUGUCCCGGUGACCAACUCAGCAUUAUUGGUAGAUAUUCAGCUGAUAAAAAGAAGGAAAUUGUAUUUAGCAGAAAUGGAUUAGUACUGCUUGUCGUCAAUGAACCUGACAAUAAAGAUUAUUAUCCGAUAAUCCAUUGCGUUGAUACCACCGCAGAUGAUAGCCGCAUUAUCCUACAAUUUGAAGGCAAUACAAUUCCGAUAACUCAAGGAGCAAAAUUUGUCACUUGGGAGAAAGGCAUGAGACUAGAGGCUAAAGAUCGCUUGAAUCCCAGCUUGAUGUGUGUUGCGACGGUCGAUGAUGUCAAUGAUAAUGAACUUUUAAUCCAUUUUGAUGGUUGGACCAGAAAAUAUGAUUACACUUGCAAGAGCACUUCAACAGAUAUUCAUCCAAUUGGUUGGUGUGAGAAUAAUUAUCAUCGGCAAUUGGAACCCCCCAAAGGUGACAAUAAGCCUGACUUUAAAUGGGCUCAAUAUCUAGAAAGUAUUCAAGCUGUCGCUGCCCCUGUAGAGCUUUUUACACCAGAACAACUUGGCGAAAAAGAUCCCGCGAAGAUUUCUUUUUAUGCCAGUACUCUUCAAAGCUGUACUAAACUCCAAGGAGAUUUUGGAGGAUGCUUUGAUGCAAAGGAAAUCGAUAUACAUGGUUUUGAAGAGACUGGCCAUCCAAUUGCAGGAGCUGACUGCUAUUCGCAAUGGAGCCAACAAUCCAUUGUCAUUAUAUGGUUAAUUAGCCAUAUUAUUUUAGAUUUAAUUAAAUUACAGAACGUCUAUAAAAUAUCUAGUAAAGCGCUCAGAUUAUUUGGUUUACAAGAGGAUAAAAUCGAAGAUGACAAAUUUGUAAAGCAGGCAGAAGUAAUUUUGAAUAUGAUAACGACAAUGUUGGAUGUACCUGCACUCAAGAUUUGUCAACGUCUGGAUCGAAAUUCGAUAAUGAAAGCUAUUCCUGAGAUAGAAAAGCUAACAGCUGAGGCGAUAGAAAAGUGUGCUACCUGCAAUGCUGUAGAAAUUAAAGAUAGAUAUGCUUCCAAUAAGAUUCAUUAUAUUUGUCCAGCCCAUACUUUGGCUAUUGCUGGAAAUGAUCAAAAUUUGGAAGAAUUCCCUUCGGAUACAAUAUUGUCACUGAAUAAAUUAUGCAAUAUGAAAAUGUAUAAUAAUAAAAUCGCCGAAAUACCAGAGCAGGUCUUUCAGCAAUUCUCGACAACCUUAACUAAUAUUAAUUUCAGUGGUAAUAAAUUAAAGGAACUGCCACUGGGAAUGAAAUGUCUAAAGAAUAUUCAACAGAUAUUUAUAGGGUAUAACGAAAUUACCAAUAUUCCAGAAGGGUUGCUUAGCGCUUUUUCUGAUAGCCUGAUAUCUCUCGACUUAUCCUCAAAUUUCAUUCGUCGAUUACCGGAUGAUAUCGGAACAUUAACCAACUUAAAAAUGCUUAAUUUAGCUUACAACCCCAUUGAUCAGUUAAGCAAUAAUAUUGGCCAAUUGAAAUCAUUGGAGGCUUUAAAUCUUACUGGUCACACUUUAACUUACUUGCCUGAUACAUUUUCCUCCUUGCAAAAUUUGUCAAAACUGUCUCUUAAUGGAGUGCCAUGGAUUCAAGUAACAUCGCAAGAUUAUUUGCAUAAUAAAAUAAUUACUAAAGAGACUAUUGUAGAUCUGUUGAUGCAUCCAUCAGAACACGUAAAGGUUAAUGCUUACACGAAAGAGCAAAUUGAAAGUUUAUUCGAUGAAUGUGAUACCAAUGCCAACGGUAUCUUGGAUACACAAGAAAUGAUUAAUCUAAAUGCAAAGUUAUAUCUUAGCUUUCCUCGAUUACAAGGCAGGAAAGAAAAUGAAGAAAAUGAAGGGAGUUUUCUGAAGAAUCUUCAAAACUUUACGAAGUUAAAAGAGUUACACCUGACGCACUUAGCGCUCUCCACCAUCUCAGAAGAAGCUAUAAGCAAUUUAACCAGUUUAAUCAAUCUUAAUUUAUCUGAUAAUCCUAAACUAACUUCAUUGCCUGGUGUUAUAUCCAUGUUACCGCUAAAAGAAUUAUCGUUACGGGGAACACACAGUCUAAAGACACCGCCACCAGAAAUCAAAAAUCGUGGGUUUCAAGCCAUUAUGGGAUAUCUAAAACGUUUACUGACUGGCUCCGUUGAGUGUAAAAGAACAAAGUUAAUGAUGGUUGGCUUAGGAGGCGCUGGAAAGACAAGUUUAACUGUAAUUGAUCAUCGGUUUAAUGAUGAAAUUUUUUACGCUACUUUAAGCUUGGUAGAAGCUUUGUUAUCACCAUAUGGCCAAAUAUAUGAGUCUGAAGCAGAAAGAGAAAUCACAGAUGGAAUUGAUAUUGAUACUUGGACAGUUAAAACUGAUGAAGGCAGAAUUGAAUACAGUAUAUGGGACUUUGCUGGUCAAACAUUGUACUACAACACUCACCAGUUUUUCCUUUCCGAUCGUGCUGUCUAUUUCUUGGUAUGGAAUACGCGCUUAGGUCAUGAACAUGCUGGUUUAGAUUUCUGGCUAAGUUCGAUAGCUUGUCACGCUCCUAAAGCACCAGUUUUUGUCAUUGGAACUCAUUGCGAUAUGGUUUCUGUCACUGAAUUACCUGAAGAGGUCAUGAAAAAUCGAUAUCAGCAAAUUGUAGGAUUUCAUUACGUUAGCUCAUUUGUUGGCACGGGCAUACCCAAAUUGAAAGAUUGUUUAAUAAAAGAAACGCUACAACAAAAGUAUAUGGGAGAAAAAAUUCCUCAAGUUUGGCUAAAUUUAGAGAAAGCAAUAUUAGAGAAAGGAAAUACAGUCAAAGUGCUUACCUGGAAUGAAGUUACUGAAAUUGCCAGUUCAAUAGGAAUAUUUGACAAUACGGAGUUAAGACAGGCUAUCGGAUUUCUCCAUGAUCUUGGCUCUGUACAACAUUUUAAUAAUAUAGCGCUAAGAGAUAGAGUUGUCAUCGAUCCACAGUGGAUUGUUGAUGCAAUGGCUUGUGUAGUCUCAGUUCACGAAACACCUAUUAAGGAAGGAAAGUUUAAACAUUCCGACAUGGCCAAAAUAUGGAAACAGUAUGAUAAACAGCAUCACCAAUGGUUAUUGAAAUUGACAGAACAAUUUGAUUUAAGUUAUGCUUUACCCAAACAAGAUGUUAAUCUUGUUCCAUGCUUGUUACCAGGAACUGAACCUAAGGUCAGGCUAUGUAAAUUUACUGACAAUCAAGUUAUAUGGAAAACUGGAUCUUUAUUAGUGAAGAAUGAAAACAAGGCCGUAAUGAAGCAGUUACGGAAUACCGAUAACCUAUUGAUAGAAGUUCGCGGUAUAUCACCUAAUAAUCUUCUCUUCCUGAUACAUGAAAUCUUGGAAUCGCUAAUAGCAGAAGCUUUUCAUGGUAUCUCAUAUGAAUAUGAGGUGCCAUGUAUAGAUUGCUUGAAUCAGGGUUCACGAGAUCCUUCCAUGUUCAGAUCAACAAGAAUACGACGAGCUUCCGAACUAAAAGCUGCGUUUUUGCAAUGCGAACACAACUUUCAUAGUGUAUCAAUACAUGAACUGCAAUCUGUUAUUCCACCGGAAUCCCCAAAUGAAUUUGACUUACAUUUAAGGAAUUCAAUGCGAACUUUGACGAAUCUUUCCGCUAGUUACGAAUUAGAUGCUUAUAUAAGUACUUUAGAUAGUGAUACUGGUGUACCAGCAAGGAUUUACAAUGAUUUAUGUUCAAAAGGAUAUUCUUGUUAUCGAAAGCAAUCUGAAAGCGGCAGUCAAGAUGCAGAUUUUUUGGCUAUUAAACAGUCUAAUGUACGUGUUAAUGAUUCAUUUUAA